AUGAACAGCUCACGGUGGCGCUCGAACUCCGGCGAUCUUCCGGUGGGUUUCGGCACGGCGGAGGAGGAGCUCGGAGGCGGCGCUGAGGUGAGAAGUGAAAAGGGAGCUCGAGGAGGUGCCCUCCUGUAUGGCAAGAGCGGGUUGGAAGGGAUCAGAGGAGGCUUGUGGGAGGUGUGUGAGGCCGUUCAUGGCGAGGUGGCAUGGUCGGGCGACCAUGGGAGGGACAAGGAAAAAAUUCCAGGAGCGACGUUUUCUUUUGCCACAUUACCCAUUAAAAAGCAGUUUUUGGCUAAGAUUUCCACCUUUUUGGGCUAUGGUAUGACUGAAACUUGUGGGAUAAUAUCAUUUGAAUUCCCAACAAAUGGGAAGGCUCGUCGAUUUGGGUCAACUGGAGUGCUUGCCACUGGUGUUGAAGGAAAAGUUGUCGAUGUAGAGACACUAAAACAUCUGCCACCGAAUCAACUAGGAGAAAUUUGCGUACAAGGACCACAUAUAAUGCAAGGGUAUUUCAACAAUGUGCAAGCUACUGACUUCACAAUCAAGCAAGGGUGGUUGCAUACUGGUGAUCUUGGAUACUUUGACGAAGAAGGCCAGCUUUAUGUUGUUGAUAGACUUAAAGAGCUGAUUAAGUACAAAGGUUUCCAGAUUGCACCUGAUGAGCUUGAAGGAUUAAUUUUGUCUCAUCCAGAGAUUCUAGAUGCUGUCGUUAUCCCGUUUCCUGAUACUGAAGCAGGCGAAGUUCCUAUCGCCUAUGUUGUGCGAUCACCUUCCAGUUCAUUGAUUGAAGUUGAUGUCCAAAAAUUUAUUGAAAGUCAGGUCGUAUACUACAAAAGGUUGAAGAGGGUUACCUUCGUGGAGAGCGUACCAAAGUCAGCUGCAGGCAAGAUUUUGAGAAGAGAGCUCAUCGCUCAAGUCAGAUCGGAACUAGCCAGAUCGUCCAAACUAUAGCAAAUCUGCUGCUUGAGCAAUUCUUGCUGCUAAAUUUAAAAUUUCACAGCUGUGCAACGU